AUUGCCAACAUCUGGUACAACCGUCCCCGGCAUUUCCUAGCUCCAGAAUGGACGCUUCCACUUCAAACAAUUAUAUUCCCUUUUUUUAUUAAUAUUUGUUUAGUUGGAGAUGUUCAUGACAGCUGUAGCUUUAUUUUGAUCUUUGACAUUUCCUCCUUUACAUAAUUGAAGUUCCCUCAGCUCCAACCCUCACAAACUGUCCAUUCUCUGAAAAUAUGUCUGCUUCUGAGGGAAGGCCGUUGGUGGAAGCAGUGGAACACAAGGAAGAUAUUUAUGAGCACCAAGAGCCUAGUGGAUGUGGGUAUGGAUGCUUUCGUGGUUUUGGGUUGAAUUGGUUUAGAGGCCAUGAGGAAUCUAUAGGCCUGGCGGAGCAACGGGGUGAUUCGUGGGUGAGUUGCAAGUUGAGGAAGGUGAAGGAGUUUUCAGAAGUGAUUGCUGGUCCCAAGUGGAAAACAUUCAUUAGAAAGAUAAGUGGGUAUGGCAGGAAGCAGCAGAAGAACAGGUUUCAGUAUGAUGAACACAGCUAUGCUCUCAACUUCAAUAGUGGGGCUCAGAGUGAAGAUGAUGACAUGCCUCCUAGUUUCUCAGCUAGAUAUAUUGCUCCUUUUCCCUCUACUCGUCGCCAAACUGAACAAUGAUAUGUGCGUGCUUGUUUCUUUAGAAGAUUUUAUUGCUCAAAUGUGUUGUUCACUUGAUGGUAUUUUUAAUCUGUAGAAUCAUUAAUUAUUCAUUCUGUAAAGAUCAUUCUUUUUCUUCAAA